CAAAGAGACGAAUAUUGGUUGUCAUACCUGUUGAUUGAAGUUAUGCAACUUUGCAAAGUGCAGGUUGAAUGCCAGAUGAUGAAUAUAAGAGGGCAACUCUAGAUUUAGCUGACUGACAGUUUGCAUCAGUUUACCUGUGCUGAUAAAGCAUGCCUACUCGUGGCUACAUCGCGGGGAAGCCGGUGUCUCGGUGGGAGGCCGACUCGGACAACAUCGACAUCGAGUACAAGAACCUGGACCACGCGCGGCCACCCACCGGGGCGUGCACCGAGUGUUUCGCCGGCCGCAAGGGCCAGGUGCUCAGGAUCCUACUCGUCACUGUCAUCUUCUUCGUCGGGCUCAUCCUCGGAUACAUCAUCCGCCGCAACAUCCACGAGAAGUUAAUCAUGCCGAAGCUGAACAAACAUGAGGGAGUUCAGCAGGAUUACGAUAUCAAAGUCAGUGAACAGCUACGGGCUCGAGUGUUACACGUCGACAACUACGCUGACAACAUGAAGGUAAUCACUAGUGAAGUAAUGCUGUCCGGGAUGGGCAAUAUCAUCGGAAAGAUCGAAUACGUGAAGAAGUUCUGGAAAUAUUACAAAUUCGACUCGGUGAAAAUUAAACAGUACAGCGUGCAACUUUCUUACCCAUCAUACAUAUUCCAAUCUGAUAAUCAGGUGACCAUUAUGAAUGAAAACAAGACCAUCAUCUUUAAAUCUCACAACAACGUCAGCAACACACAGGUCAUAUAUCAGCCAUUCAACGCAUAUGCUCACUCGGGGGACGUGCUUGCAGACCUUGUAUAUGGUCACUAUGGGCGACAGGAAGAUUUUGACAAGUUAGAAAAGCUUGGAGUUGCUUUGAAUGGUACGAUCGCCCUUAUUCGUUACGGCAGAAUUCAUGCAGCCAAUAAGGUUCGUCAUGCUGAAGAGCGUGGGAUUCUGGGAGUGAUUCUGUACUGUGACCCCGCUGACUACACCGACCCCGACUCCUACGUAGACAGUGCGUACUGGCUACAGAACUGGGCGAUUCAUCUCUCUCAGGUUCGAUACUCCCUCGUCGGUGACCCCACAACGCCACAGUACUCCGCAGUAGAUGGGGUACAUCACAUCGCCGAUAGCAACUCAAGUCUUCCCACAAUUCCCGUACUUCCUGUGAGUUACAGCGAUGCAGAGACGUUAAUGGCACACAUGGAUGGUGUGACGACACCCAGUAACUGGGUUGGUGGUAUGAACAUAACCUACAAUACAGGACCAGGUUAUUUGGAACCAAGAACAUCUUAUAAAGUGAGGUUAAAAGUGACUAAUGAGUUGGUGAGACGAGAUGUUCACAACAUUGUGGCUUCCAUUCGGGGAAAGUAUGAAGAAGAUCAGUACGUAAUCGUGGGAGCUCACAUCGACACCUGGACGCAAGGUGCGAUCGACGCUGGCACCGGCUUCUCCGUCAUCAUGGACGUCGCAAGAACCUUCUCCGAUCAGAUACGCUUAGAAGGUUGGAGACCAAGACGUAGUAUUAUUUUUGCUAUCUGGGAUGCAUCCAAAUUCGGACAUAUUGGAACAUUUGAAUGGAUUCAGGAAUAUGAGAAGCAGCUGUCUGGAGGUGUUGUAGCCUACAUUAAUCUGGAUGCUGCAAUCCGAGGAAACUACAGCUUCUUUGCCCAGUCGAGUCCGUCCCUGCAUGACGUCAUCUACAACGCGACCCGGCGCGUUGACCUCUGGGGAAGUCCCGUGUAUGACCAAUGGCUCCAAAACAUCCCUGACCCCGAGUCAGCGGACAAACCUUGGAUACAGGGUUUGUGUGGUGACAGCGACCACUCUCCGUUCAUCCACCACCUCGGAGUACCAUCCAUGUCUCCAGCUUUCACCUACAACAUAAAGAAAUACCCCAACCUGCCGACGUACCCUGUGUACAGCACCUUGGAGGACACCAUGGACUACUUCAGCAAAUACAUCGACCACGACUACAACUACACCAUGGCGUUGACGCAGAUCGUCACGGACAUGGUGCUACAGCUUGCCGACAGCGCAAUUCUGCCUCUCAACAUCACCAACUACAUCCCCUUGUUAGAACAGGGCUCGAAAAAUCUCAAACAGUACGAGACAGAUUUUCAAAAUGCCGGCAUAACGUUAGCCGGUUCCCAUUUAUUCUCGGCAGUCAGUGAUUUCACAGCGUCUGUCAAAUGGUUUGCUAAAAGCUACUAUUCACUGAAUAAAAAUAAAAUUAGUGAGUUUGAUUUACAUCGACUGAACCACCAGGUUAUUGAACUGUCGAGGGCAUUUAUUUCGGAAACCGGUCUACCUGGUCUCCCUCAAUAUAGAAAUCUGCUAAUCUCACCACACCCAGAGAAUUUAAAAGAAGAGACAAUAUUUCCUGGCAUAAUAGCGGGAAUCCUCGAAGGCCGCAAGACCGGUUCGUGGAUUGUUUUAAAGGAGCACGUCACCUUGCUCACCAUAGCGCUACAGAGAGGAAGUGACAUUUUAACGGACGACCUCUUAAUGGGCUCAUAGGACUAGUCUCUUGGUUUAGUUAGAACAUUGAAGCUUACCAGACUUAGUGGCAGAUCAAGUGACAGGGAUUGGGGAGGGAAGUUAGGUGGCAUUUGAUUUUUUUUCUUGCAGUUAGUUCAAAACCGGUCUUAUUGGUGUAGUGUCAGAUUUUGCUUUGUGCUAAUAAUGACCUAAGGCCCAAUUCACUAUACUGCCGCAAUCUCACAGUCCAAUGCAAAAAGACUAGCAAUGACAAUGCAGUGUUGUUUAAUAGAGCAUAAGAGAGCUUUGUAAAUUAGGCCCCAGAUCUGUAGACUCUGUGGUCCAGGGGUUAAUUCUUCUGGUUUAAGGAAGGAUUUGCAUCCCAGUAUUGAUUGGCUUGAACCAAGAGUAAAUGCAUUUUUUUCUUCUUCAACAACACCACUAGAGCAUAUUGCUUUAUUAAUCAUUGGCUAUUGGAUGUCAGACAUUUGAUAAUUUUGACAUAUUGUCUUAGAGAGGAAACCUGCUACA